AUGCGUCUGCACUGGGCUGUGGCAGCCGCGGUUCUCCCUGUGUCGCUGGCGCUUCCCGCUCCCACAGCGGAUGGUGAUACUAUUCUGCAGUUCAAGAGCACACCGGCGGGAAAACAAAUAGCAAACGGUCUCGAUCUCCGCAUUUUGCCUGUGGGGGACUCCAUUACAGUUGGCUAUGGGAGUGACAUUGGCGGCGACGGCGACGGCUACCGACGCCAGUUAUGGAACGACUUAUCCGGGAAUAAAGUUGUUUUUGCCGGCACGGAAACGUCUGGUACCAUGGAGGAUGGUUACUUUGCAGCGUGGAGCGGCAUGACAAUUCAAUUUAUAGCAGAUCACAUCGAAUCCUCGCUUGAGCAGCGACCGAAUGUUGUCCUGGUAGCCGCCGGCACGAAUGACAUGAACCCCAAUCCAAACAUCUCCACCGAAGGCAACGAUCCAGCACAAGCCGCCGAUCGACUCGGCAACCUCAUUGACAAAAUUAUCGACAAGUGUCCCGAUGCGACUGUCUUGGUUGCCAUGAUUAUCGACACAUGUGAUCCAGCCCAAGAGCCGCGAACGCAGCAGUAUCAGCGGCUGAUUCCCAAUGUGGUCCUGAAGCGCAAGAACGCCGGCCACCAUGUUCUUGCGGUGGACUUUACAACCUUCGUGCCGAGAUAUGGCAAAGACAUACUCCGCGACUGUAUUCACCCUACCGAUUCCGGGUAUAAGCUUAUGGGCGACUACUGGUACGACUUUAUGACGCAGAUUCCCAGUGGCUGGAUCCAGAGUCCUAUUGGUAGGGCCCCGAAUCGGCCGGCCCUUGGCGAUUCGAACCUGAACGGCGGUAUUGACAAUAAUAUUCCCCCGCCGGAUUUCGGGAAGAGUCCGAUUGAUUCGAAGCCUGGAGGAAGUUAUCACAACGUCCGCGACUGGGCGGUCGGCGAUGGUGCUGCCAAGUGCAACUUGAAUCCGACAUGGAAAGCCACAGGCAAGAUUGCAGAGGGCCUCCUCGGCCACAAUGGCGACUGGAAAUUUCACAAGAGGUGGCAAAGAGCAGGCGAAGUUGCUUCGGGCCUUGGCUUAGACAGUGCGCAAGUUCGACUACACGAUAUGAAUGGCGACGGCAAAUCAGAUUACGUCUGGAUAGAUCCAAAUACCGGUGAGAUCAAGUGCUGGCUCAACAACCUACCCGAGCCCUGGAGUCCCGCGGGCACUAACAACAGCAUCAUUGGCAGCGGUGUCGGUCGCGGACAAACCGUCUACCUCGCAGAUAUGAAUGGUGAUGGGAUGGACGACUACCUCGUCGUGAACCCACGAAAUGGCGCUGUCCGCGUCUUUUGGAACUACGGCCCUGACGACACCUGGGUCAACGGAUGGAAAUUUGUCGACGGCGGCGUCAUUGCCUCGGGCGUGCCGCACGCCAACCUCGCGACGCUCCGUUUUCCCGACAUCAACGGCGACGGCCGCGCCGACUACGUCUACGUUGGCAAGGGCGGCUCGCUCGUGCACUGGCUCAACGUUGGAUCUGUGGGUGGUGCAGACGUCGUUUUCCACAACCAAAAGGGCAUCGCGACUGGAGUUGGUUUGGAUGAUUUUUCGAAGCUCGUUUUUGCCGAUAUGAACGGCGACGGGCGCGAUGACUACCUCAUCUGGGAUGACGAUGGCGGUCUCUCCGGUUUCUUGAACCAGCACACGAACAGCGAGGGCGUUCCGCUCUACAUUAACCAAGGCGGUGCCAAGUCAAUCUGUGACGGGUUUGGCCAUGCGCCAAACACGACUUGGUUGGCAGACAUGGAUGGAGAUGGCAAGGAUGACUACGUGUUCGUCGGCGACAACGGGUCCCUUUCAGUGUGGUAUAAUCGCGGCACCACCGACGACAGCAUGGCCAUUGACGGGCUGCGAUUCGCCGACAUUACCGGAGGCCAAGGGCAGGACUACGUAUGGGUUGACCCCAAGACUGGUGCCCCGAUUGUCUAUUCCAACCAAAGCGACUCAUGGGAGCCAGUAAACAACGGACACACGAUCGCUGCAGGCGCCGCACCCGGAAGCCAGGUUGUGUUUGGCGAUAUUGACGGUGACGGAUACGACGAUUACUUAGUUAUUCAUCCUGAUACAGGCGCUCUCACGGCCUAUCUGCUCGUACCGAGCGGAGGAGGUGAAAGCCGAUAUGGGGGCUACCUCUACAACCCAAUCGGCCAGAUCGCCAGCGGACUCGGCCCGGGCAAGAACGUCCGCAUCGCCGACAUUGACGGGGACGGACGCGACGACUACAUUUUCCUCUCGGAAACCGGCGGGACAACAAUCUACCGCAACAUGUACGGCCCCGACACCGGUCCCGACAGCCACUAUGCCGCUCUUCCCCAGGCCGACGCUUCUGGGAUCGACCAGCGCCCUGAAGAGAUUAGCUUCUACGAUAUCGACGGCGAUGGCAAGGCCGACUACGUCUGGACCCGACCGCUCGACGGACAGGUACAAGUCUGGCUCAACAUGUAUCCGCAGCUGCCUGCGUGGAGGCACAUUGGCGUUGUCAAAGACGGCGUGGGCACGUCAGGCGCCAACACUCGCUUCGCGCAGCUGACCGGGACAACGCAGCAGCCGGGUAGCGGACGGGCAGACUACGUCGCCGUGGAUCCAACCACGGGCGCCAUUGCGGCAUGGCUCAAUGGCUGUGAUGACAGGGCGUAG